UGAAACGGUAAAAAAAACAUUGCAAUGACACUUGCCAGUAUUUGCCUUUUCUGGUCACAUGACCAGGAAGUGCCAAGCAUAAACUGUUUGGUUGGCGCGGAUUCGCGGACUACUAACCUGUACUUCUGAAACUGAACUUGCCUAACUUUUAAAAAAUGUCAAGCUUUGCUCUCAAAACAAGAAACAGUGUUCCAGCCAAACGGAAGACUAUUGUGGCCCAAAGUGACUUGCAAAAGUGGGGCUUACACGGGAUACAGCUGAGGUCCUACCAGCUGGACGGGGUGCAGUGGCUGACCCAGUGCCUCCAGAACCAGGAAGGAUGUAUUCUAGGAGAUGAGAUGGGUUUAGGGAAAACCUGCCAGACAAUUUCUCUGCUGGUGUACAUGAAAGGAUGUCUUGGUGUCAAUGGCCCCUUUUUGGUCCUCAGUCCGCUGUCUGUCUUGGAGAACUGGAGAACUGAACUAGAAAGCUUCGCUCCUUCUCUCUCCGUGCUUUGCUACAAAGGAGACAAAGAGAAACGGGCUGAGUUGAAGAAAGAGACGCAACACACGCCGUUCAACGUUCUGCUCACGACCUAUGAGAUAUGUCUGAAAGACUUUUCCUUCUUGAAAAGUUGGAAAUGGAAGGCUCUGGUUGUGGACGAGGCUCACCGCCUGAAAAACCAGGAUUCCUUGCUCCACAAGACCCUGAGCGAGUUCUCGAUGGGUUUCCGGGUUCUGCUCACUGGGACUCCGAUCCAGAACAACCUCCUGGAGGUCUACUCCCUGAUCAGCUUCAUCCAGCCCAGCCUGUUCCCCGCCGACCAGGCCAAGGACUUUGUCCAGUACUACGCCGACCUCCAGAACCGACCUGCUCUGGCCGCGGAGCUACAGAGCGUGCUGGAGCCGUUCCUGCUCCGCCGGGUGAAGGCGGAGGUGGCGGCCGACCUGCCCGGGAAGAUGGAGCUGCUGGUGUACCACGGCAUGUCAGCCCUGCAGAAGAAGUACUACAAGGCCAUCCUGACCAAGGACCUGGAUGCCUUUGGAAAUGAGCAAGGCAACAAGACGAGGCUGAUGAACAUCCUGAUGCAGCUGAGGAAGUGCGUGGACCACCCCUACCUGUUCGACGGGGUGGAACCGGAGCCGUUUAUCAUGGGCGAGCACCUGAUCGAAGCCAGCGGGAAGAUGUGUCUUCUGGACAGUUUACUGUCCUUCCUUCAUAAAGGGGGCCAUCGAGUGCUGCUGUUCUCCCAGAUGACCAGGAUGCUGGAUAUUCUGCAAGACUACAUGGAAUACAGAGGGUACAGCUACGAGCGUCUGGAUGGGUCGGUGCGUGGAGAGGAGCGAAACCUGGCCAUCAAGAACUUCAGCAGCAAAGACGUGUUUGUCUUCAUGCUCAGCACCAAAGCAGGGGGCGUGGGGCUGAAUCUGACAGCGGCUGACACUGUAGUCUUCAUGGAUAGUGAUUUCAACCCCCAGAAUGACUUGCAGGCUGCCGCUCGCUGCCACCGGAUUGGCCAGACCAGGCCUGUGAAGGUGAUCCGUCUCCUUGGCCGGGACUCGGUGGAGGAGAUGGUGUACUCCCGUGCGACGUCCAAGCUGGACCUCACCAAAGCCGUCAUCGAGGAGGGGCGCUUCUCCCUGCUGGACCAGGCCUCCGCUGGUGGACUACAGUUGAGUGAGAUCUUAAAGUUCGGCGUGGACAAACUGCUGGCGUCCGAAGAGAGCUCCAUACAGGAUGUGGACCUGGGGAAAAUCCUCGGCCAUACAAAGAAUGGCCAGUGGGUGGCGGAACAAGACCCAGCAUCGCCCAGCAGGGGAGAGGAGGAAGCUGAAGAGGAGAAUGAUUCUGAGGACGAUGUCCAAAACGGUAAGAAGAAGCCCGACCACAUGUACUACUUUGAGGGGAGGGAUUACUCCAAAGAACCCAGCACUGAGGACCUGAAGAGCUUCCAACGUCUGCAGGAGGAGCAGCUGGCCGAGCUCACAGACGACAGCGGGGAGGGGCCUUCGCUCAGACACAAAGCCGGGGUGUUGCUGACCGGGCCUCUUGGGGUUUCUACGCGGAAGAGAAAGCCUCUGAGUGCAGCCGACCUGGAGCUCAGGCGACAGAAGAACCAGGAGUCAGCCGCCAAGAGGGCCAAGCUCCAGCAGGACAGGAAGAGGAAACUGGAGGAGCAGAAGCAGAAGAAAAAGAUGGACUGGUGGCAGAGCUCGGGCUACAGGUCUCUGUGCCUUCAUUCGGAGGACAGCGGCGAAGACGAGGAGGAAGAGGGGGAUGACGUCAGCCUUGCCAGCGAGGGCUCCACAGAGUCGGACCCCACCGCCAUCCACUACGUGCUGGGGGACGUCACACACCCUCAGACUGGACCGGAAGACGCCAUCAUUGUCCACUGUGUUGAUGAUUCUGGGCGAUGGGGACGAGGAGGUCUGUUUACUGCUCUGGAGAUGAGGUCUGAUGAACCAAGCAAACAAUAUGAGCUAGCUGGGAGCAUGAAAGACUUGGACCUGGGGAAUGUGCUUCUCUUCCCCAUCGAUGACAAACAGUCAAGGUUGGAUGGUCGGGACCAGUUGGCCCUGAUCGUGGCGCAGCAGAGGGACCGAUCCAACAACCUGUCUGGGAUCCACCUCAGUGCUCUGGAAGGAGGGCUGAAAAAGAUUUACUCUGCGGCCCGAAGGAGUAAAGCCAGUGUGCACCUUCCCCGCAUUGGUCAUUCGACCAGAGGGUUCAACUGGUACGGCACCGAGAGACUGAUCAGGAAGUACCUGUCCUCAAAGGGGGUCCCCACCUUCAUAUAUUACCACAAAAGGACCCCCAAGAAGACCGCCGCGGCUCCAGCCCUUCCUCCUCAACCCUCCGCCGCCACCAGUGCACCACCUCCCCGGGCGGAGCCCGCCCCCGUCUCCCCGGGCGGGUCGGACACCGGAGCCUCUGGCGCUGGGACCCGGCGCUCCGCCGUCCUCCCGGACUUCAUGAAGGGGGUGUUUGUGUUCUUCUACAACCUGCCCGCCACCGAGAAGAAGAGGCUAGCACGACACCUCAUCACUUAUGAUGGAGACGAGGAGGACGUCAUGAGUCCUACGGUCACACACGUCGUCGCUGAAGCCACCAACGCAUUCCACUCUAGGGAGCUCCAGGACAUGCUGCUGCAGUACCCCCAGGCUGUGGCCACAAAGACGGCCUGGCUAGACACCUGCUACUCCAGACAGACCCGAGUAGAUGCCACGCCCUUCCUGCACGCCUUCAGAUGACAGCGGUCCACUAUGAGCAUGCUGGAGGGAAUAGUACAUGUUUUAUUAUCCUAUAGUCUCACUCAGUACAAGUGAGAGUACAUGAUGUAUGAUAUUUAUGAGUUUUCUAUAUUAUGUUCCCAUUUCAUUGAAUGUCUUCAAAGUCAGUUCUGAUGGGUUGAAUAAUUGUAAAAGAAAUGCAUUUGAAUGUCUUCAUCGGGAGUUCUUCAUUGUCAGUUGGCUGUAAGGUGUUGAAUCAUCAUAAAAUGCAAUUCAAGGUCUUCAUAUUAAUCAAUCUAAUCCAUUAAAACUGUCUUGUUAUGUUAAUAAAUGAACAUAAUAGGUAAUCAUUGCAUUGACUUACUGAUAUCUACAAUGUGCCAACGUUGACUUAUCAUACAUUAUAUGAUAAUUCUCUUAAAAGUUACUUCAAAAUCAUCCCAGUGUAAAACUUUUAAAAGCUGAAAUGAACUCUGAAGAAUAUAUAUGCUUGGGCCUACAUCGACUAAAUUGUUAACCCACAUUAAGUAUAGUAUGUUUUGGAACGUGCACUGAACGCCAGCGAAACCCAAUACGUAUUCCGUCGGCAGGCUGGUUUAGUAGCAGGCUAUAUUUACCAUAUAGGACGGACGGAGGGGUGGAGCUACAACUCAACUGGGCGUGCAAAGUUAAUGUUGUGUGACAUAAGCGCCGCUUCUCCAAAUUCUACACAUUGAAUCGAUCUGGAAGCAACUGAUAAAAAUGAAAGACUGAAUUUUGGCAGCAAGGCGAAUCAGGACUCACGUUUUUUCUGGUUCGACUCUACUUGGAAUCACCUGCUCUCUGAUGAGGCGAUACAGCGCCUCGUAGCCUACCUGUUGGACCCACGUAGGAAGUCAAGAGGUAAAGGCGCCGAUGACUAUUGUGCCGAUCAAGUUGUUUAUGAGAUACAUCGUUUCUCUUGUGAUGAACUAUUUUACUCUUUGGGAUGUGCGUUAACCUACUUCUAGUUCGGCUAAUAGCCUUAUUCAUAAGGCGUAAUGCAUUUAUGAAAACCGUAUGCGCCUAUUAAUGCAGGGCUGAUGAUACAUCAUAUGAGGCGGCAGGGACCUGGCAGUGGUGAAAUUUGUGAAAUGUUGACAAAGUUUGUCAUAUCGUGAUUGUGAUCCAGGUUGCGUGUCUGCAGAGGUGGGGGAUUUCUGUUCCUCCGUGCGCACUUUUAAGCGAGAAGAUGGCGAGAAGAUGAGAUACAGGAUGUCAACAAAUUAGGCUACGUUUGAAACUGAAUUCAAAGAAACAUCAGUCACAACGUUGUUUCUUUGAAAUUUGGAAACGGCGUUGAACUUUUAAAAGUGAAGAAUUUGCAGCAAAUUGUCUUAGACUGAAUUGCGGUCAUAUUAUAGGUUACAGGCUUUACCUGUUGGUUGGUCUGAACUCUCAGGGAGGGGGAGAGCUGGGAGUUGUCACCCAGUCACCCAUUAUCACAGCUCAUCUUCGUUCUUUUAGUGCUUGGUCUUCCAUAAUUUCCACUUCUCUCGUCAUGUGCUCGCCAAUGAACGUUGAAUGCAUACAUUUCAAACCGUACUUCAAUGGCUCCACACCAAUCCUGCAAUUACAAGACAACGCGUGAAUUCAACCGAAAUCUCUUGACUUUACCUAUAGAACCAUUUAAGGCUCAUUAAUAGGCUCCCAUUGAUGCGCAUAUUUUACGUGCUUAUGUAAUAAAGGUAGCAGACAACUUCCACAUGUGUGUUCCUGUUGCUAAAUUAGAACAAAUAUUAUUUUGCUGUAAAGUUCAUUUUCAUAUCGACCCUUCUGGCCAGUAAAGGGUUUUGCUGAUUGACCUGGACACACAUGGAUGUUCGACGGGAAAUCCCUGAUUAUGUUGCCUUCACCUGUCUGUCCCACCUCAUCACCCAAUAGGUAAAUAUUAAACACAGUAGCUCUACACAUAUAGACAACACGUUUAAAUUAAGCGUGUACAUUUCUAAGCUUUGCUUAGCCUAUUUAACAAUUCUUCAUGAAGGCUUAUUAUUAGGCCCCAUUGAUUUAUGAUCAUUGGUCCAUUUAAAUAACUUUCCGAAUAAAAGAGGUGGAUUACGAAUCUAAUUCCACGAUUGUGUGCUCAUUAUCUUUUACACGAUUUGCCCUGAAGGUAAUUCAAGAUACCAGUUUUCUCGGCACCUGCACGGUCGAGUGCAAUGCUUCACUUUCCUUUUAAAAGUGUAAUCGACCAUAAAAUAGAAGGUCAUGCAUGGUAUGUACUUUUACUUGGUAUUUAAAAAAUGUCUUUCAACAGCAGCCAUUUUGACAUGUCGGGUACACACAGGUUUGAUAACAUUGACUAUGAAUCUGUCCCAUUUAGGUAACCAUUUAGGUGUGGCUCACUCAAUAGAACGGGACUAUUCUAAAUAUAAAUUAUACCUUCGUACCUAGCUAUGACAGGUAAAAAUGGGGGCUAUGAAAAGAGCUUAUUCC